AUGGCAUUUUUUGUGCCAACUAUUACAUCCGGAAACAGCGACAAUGAGUUCGGACCUGGUAUCUAUACGACUAGUUCAUUGUCACAUGCUUUGAGAUACGUGGGCAGACAAGGAGCCCUGAUGGUGUUUCAAAAUCCCGAUUUCCAGAACCUCAACCUGUGUGAGCCUAGCGAAGACGAUUGGCGUGUCAUCGUCGGCUUCUGGUGCAGGUUGCCUCUAUCAGACGCCGCCGAACGAGUGCCGGAACAAUGGAAGAACACCGAUAUCAUGAAAGGACCCAUCUCACGCCGCGGAAAUAGAACAGAGCCAGCUCGCGUUUCUGGCCAAGACGUUCAAGUCGUUGGCGUGAGUUACGCAGGCUGUGCAGCGUUGGCGGCCUCGCUAAAGAUGAUUAUAUGGAUGGAGUAG